AUGGGGAACUCCAGCACCCAGCCUGGCCCCGGGGCCCCCAGGAUGAUGGAGGUUAUACUCCUGUUGGCUCUCUUCCUAUAUGGGAUCCCGGCGCUGGAGUUUCCGGUGUAUCGGAUGCAGCAAUACAGCCUGGAGGGACACACACACGGUUGUAGGUCGGUCCAGGUGAACGCAGAGAGCCGAACACUGGAGGUGGAGAUACUGACCAGGCGCUGUGUGCUCAUGAGAAUCACAGAGUUCUCCGUGGAGAGGUGGAGCCGGGAAUUUGUGGAGCGGGAGAUGGAAAUCCUCCGGAACGAGACGCUAUUUCCGGUCUAUUUUGCGGUGGAGAAUAAGGAACUCCUGGACAUGUAUGAAGACACGAGGUCCGUGUCUCUGUCUCUGACAUCCGCCUCGGCCUGGGAAGUCUUGUUCGGGAUGGUGAUGGGAAGCGGCUUCCAGAUGACGACCAACGAGGUACAGAGCAAACCCAUCGUGCACCCCGUCAUCGUCACCCUGGAGGGACAGCUGACGGGACGCGGCGGGGAUGUUGCCGAACUGCCUUCAGUCGUGAUUGUUGCCCAUUAUGAUUCGUUUGGAGCUGCUCCGUACCUGGCUUAUGGAGCGGACUCCAAUGGCAGCGGGGUCUCAGUUCUCCUGGAGAUGGUUCGUCUCUUUCACCUUCUGUACAGCGACUGGAGGACUCAGCCCAGGUAUAACAUGGUGUUCGCUCUGACCGGAGGAGGGAAGUUCAAUUAUCAUGGAAGCAAGCGAUGGAUAGAGGAACAUCUGGACCAUUCCGAAACCAGCAUCCUCCAUGAGAACGUGGCCUUCGUCCUGUGUCUGGACACCUUGGCCAAUGGCGACUCCCUCCACCUACACGUCUCUCGGCCGCCCCCAGAGGGCAGCGCGCAGUGGGAGUUCCUGAGGCAGCUGCAGACGGUCACACAGUCUCCUCCUUUUGUGGGUCUGAAUUUUUCGCUGGUCCACAAGAAGAUAAAUUUAGGGGAGAACUUCCUGGUGUGGGAACACGAGCAGUUCAGCUGGCGCCGUCUCCCGGCUUUCACCGCGUCUCACCUGCGCAGCCACAAAAGUGGGAUGAGGAAGUCUAUACUGGACACCAGGGCUCGGGUGGACAUAACGCGGCUCAGGAGGAACACAGAGGUCCUGUACGAGGCUCUGGGUCGGGUUCUAUACAGCGGAACUGCAAAGAACCUGCAGAUCUUUACAGGAGCUCUGAGUGUUGAUGAAGAGCGGUUGUCGGCCAUCUUGGACUGGUUGGCGUCCCAGCCUCGUGCCGCUCAGCUCCUUGACCGGACGCACCCCAUACUGUCCACCGCCGAGCAUCUGUUCAAGAGGCACCUGAAAGGUGUGAGGCGCCACGUGUUCAAACCAGAUGAGGGGCAGCCGGACUUUGUGUUCUACGAUCAGAUGAAGCAGACCAUGACAUCACACAGGGUGAAGCCGGCUGUGUUCGAUCUGUUUAUGGCCGUCAUCAUAGCGGCCUACUUGGGGCUCAUUCACCAAGCCAUCCAGAAUUUCGGCCCGGCAUAUAAUCGGUUUGUUCACCUUAUUGCAAAGCAGAAGAGGAAAUGA